AUGGCUGCCUACUCUGCCGUUACUGUUUUCUGGCAGACACUUGAGCAGCUGCUGGAUUCCGACCAGUUUCCUCCUCAUGUUUCUAAAACUCAAAUCAUAUCUCUCCGUGAAAACAUCUGCUCCUUGCAAUCGUCUCUUGACAAAAUAUCAUUCGUUCCCAAACUAAAAAGAGACAAAAUGAAGGAUUUGCAAACUAGAAUCAGAGAAGCCAUCUAUGCAGCUCAAGACGAGGUUGAAUAUUGGAUCAGAGGCCAUUCACCAACAAAAUCCGAUGAGAAAACCAUACAGAAGCUCGAAGAAGACAUAAAACUGGUGGAAAAUGAUGCGGUCGAGAUGGAGCGGGAGAUUAGAAACGACACAGAAGCCCAGAAUCUGUUCUUGGAGAGUGAUGCUCAGCCCUUGUUCAAUUUCAAUGGCAAUGAUAAGAUCGUGGGGCAGGAGGAAGAUUUCAAAAAUGUGUUGGAGGAAUUGGUAGAUGGUGAACUUAAGCUUCAGGUGAUUCCCAUCACUGGGCUACCUGGCAUCGGUAAAACAACUCUUGCUAGAAGUAUCUACAAUGACAAACGAGUAAGGAACAGUUUCAGGAUUCGUGCUUGGGUUACUGUAUCACAAGACGUCAACUACCAAGAUUUAUUCUCAAAGAUAUUAAGUAGCAUGGAGAGCAGAGGCUCUCAAGCAGGGGACCACGCCACCCAGGCUGACAAGGACCAAUUGCGCGUUUACGUGCAUCAGGCAUUGUACCAUAUGAAGUACUUGAUCGUGCUGGAUGAUGUCUGGGAUAUCAAGGUUUGGGAUCAGGUGAAAAUCUCGUUUCCGGAUAACAAGAAUGGCAGUCGAAUUCUUCUCACCACCAGGAUUUCCACUUUGGCUGAAACAGUUAAAAGCUCUAGUUUUCUUCUUGAGAUGCAGCCACUAGGUCUCGAACAUAGUUGGCGGUUGUUGUGUUAUAGGGUGUUCGGUGAUAAAGUUGAAGACUACAAGGAUGAUAUUACAAAAGCUUGCCCUGCUCAUUUAAAGGAUACUGGAAAGAGAAUCGCUGAGAACUGUAAGGGUCUUCCUCUGUCAAUUACGGUGAUCAGUGGCCUACUCUCUGUCGAGAGAUUGGACCGUGAGUACUGGAAAACGAUUGAAGAAGAUACUGCUGGUUUUGCUGCAACUGGUGACGACUUUUACAUGGAGAUCUUGUCGCUCAGUUACAAUAGCUUGCCUGCUUAUAUCAAACCCUGUUUCCUUUACAUGGUAGCAUUCCCUGAAGAUGCUGGAAUACGUGCCUCUAAACACAACAAACUUUGGGUUGCUGAAGGUUUCUUCCCAAAACCAUCACUGCCCACACAAACCAUGGAACUUGUGGCGGAGGAUGCCUUGGUGAAUCUAAUAGGCAGAAAUCUCAUUUCAGUUAGCGAGAUAAGUUCCAGUGGCGGAAUCAAAGUUUGUUCAAUCCAAUCUAGUUUACGGAAACUGGCUGAGAUAGAAUCCGGAAAAGAGAAGUUCUUCCACUGCAGGAAGAAGUAUAAACAGCAACUAGAAGAAGGUACCAAGUUCCAGAGGCGCGUGUCCGUUCACAUAAACCCUCUCAUGAGCCUCGAAAAUGUUUACAAGACCACAAAAACAAUCACAUCUGCACGCAGUCUUCUCUACCUAGGACCCCAUCACCACCACCCUUUGCCUUUCUGUUUAACUUUCGAUCUUCUCAGAGUGUUAGAUGCCUUCAUAGUCUACUUUGUUGAGUUUCCUGAUGAAUUUCUUCAACUUGUUCAUUUGACAUACCUUUCUCUUACCUACAAUGACGAAAUUCCCCCAGAGAUAUCUCUCCAGAAACUCCAGGUCCUCAUGGUUCGUCGAAUACCCAAGCUCAUAUUCAUCGGUGUAUCUUUCUUGCCCGAUGAAAUCUGGGAGAUGCCUGUGUUGCAGCAUCUCUGGUUUACAGAAACUGAUUUUCCUGCUCUUCCACAAAACAUUCCUCAACACAAAGCCUUGCUUUUAAAUCUUCAAACUCUUUCACACAUCAGUGCUGCUUCUUGCACCAGGGAUGUUCUUAGAAGCAUGCCUAGUUUGAAAAAGUUGAGUAUGUGGGCCGAAGCCCCGGGUGUUAUAGGCCUCUAUUUAGACAAAUUGAAGCAGCUGGAAGCAUUCAAGUUCAUUGUCUUGCAUCUCAGCCCUAAAAAACAAGUUGAAUUUGAGCCUGAAAUUUCGUUCCCUCAAACAUUGAGGAAGCUGAGUUUAAGUGGUUGUAGACUUCCUUGGGACACAAUGUAA